AUGGCAAUGCUGGGAUUUUAUGGGAUGAAUAGAUUCAACCAGAGCCCAUGGAGUAAAGUUCAGUGCGAUAUGAUUCUAGCAUUCCUCUCAUUUGCAGAGUAUUUCCGACCUAGAUUCUUUCUUUUAGAAAAUGUUCGGAACUUUGUUUCGUUCAACAAAGGGCAGACCUUCCGACUAGCAGUAGCAUCUCUUCUGGAGAUGGGAUACCAGGUCCGGUUUGGAAUUCUAGAAGCAGGGGCUUUUGGUGUUGCUCAAUCUAGGAAAAGGGCAUUCAUUUGGGCUGCUGCACCUGGAGAGACUCUUCCUGAUUGGCCAGAGCCAAUGCAUGUGUUUGCUAGCCCUGAGCUGAAGAUUACGCUGCCUGAUGGUCAAUACUAUGCAGCUGCCAGAAGCACUGCUGGUGGAGCACCUUUCCGAGCAAUAACUGUUAGAGAUACAAUCGGGGAUCUGCCUAAAGUGGAAAAUGGUGCCAGCAAACUCACACUUGAGUAUGGAGGUGAGCCUGUGUCUUGGUUCCAGAAGAAGAUUAGAGGGAACAUGAUGGCACUGAAUGAUCACAUAGCCAAGGAGAUGAAUGAGCUGAACCUCAUAAGGUGCCAGCACAUUCCGAAACGACCAGGUUGCGACUGGCAUGACCUGCCUGAUGAGAAGGUGAAACUGUCCAACGGCCAGAUGGCGGACCUGAUACCUUGGUGCCUGCCCAACACUGCCAAGAGGCACAAUCAGUGGAAGGGUCUGUACGGGAGGCUGGACUGGGAGGGCAACUUCCCCACAUCUGUCACAGAUCCCCAGCCAAUGGGCAAGGUCGGCAUAUGUUUCCACCCUGAACAAGACAGGAUCAUCACGGUCCGCGAAUGUGCUCGGUCUCAGGGCUUCCCUGACAGCUACGAGUUCACGGGCAACAUCCAGAGCAAGCGCAGGCAGAUUGGCAACGCGGUGCCCCCGCCUCUCGCCUAUGCGCUCGGGAGGAAGCUGAAGGAAGCCGUCGACGCCAAGCGUCAGGAGGCUGGCGUGGCUGCGCCUGCACCAUGAGAUUGGUAUUCAUCCGGU